UAAUCCUGCUGACCUGCUAUCUCGAGGUUUAAACCUUGAUUCACUAAUUCACUGUCAAUUAUGGUGGACAGGACCCUCUUAUUUACAUGAUCAUAAUUUUGUAAAUAAAAAUAUUAAUUGCGAUCAUAUUAAUUUAAAUAACAAUAAUUUACCGGAUUUACGAAAAAUUAUACAAACAAAUACUACGACAUUAAUCGACUGUUUAUUCGACUUCGAAAGAUAUUCGUCAUUUCUUAAAAUAAAACGAGUUUGUGCCUAUGUACUUCGUUUUGUUUACAAUAUGCGUAUGAAGCGAGAGCGCUCACAAUGCAAAACCGGUUUGCUAUCUGUCGACGAGCUGAACGAGUCGCAGCGUUUAUUAGUUAAACUCGCUCAGAUGCAUUCUUUUUCGGACGUGCAUUAUUGUUUACAAAACAAGUUACCGUUGAAAAAUAAAAACACUAAACGUGUAUUAGGCUUAAAUGUGUUUUUAGAUGAACAUAAUAUAAUUAGAGUCGGUGGUAGGCUUGGUAAUUCGUCUAGUUUUCAAUACGAGAAAAAACAUCCCAUUUUAUUAUGCGGUAAACAUCGGUUUACUUUGCUAUUGUUUAGAUUCGAACAUAUGAGACUACUUCAUGCUAGCCCUUUGCUUCUCCUGGCUAACAUACGUGAGUGUUGGUGGCCAUUAGGUGCAAGAAACUUGGCAAAAAAGAUAGUUCGCGAAUGCGUAACGUGUACUCGUCAUAAAGAUCCACACGACUUUUCUCCACUGACCCCAGCUCACUUCCUGAUCGGUCGGUCUCUGGCAGCUCCUGCAUGCGAAGACUUGACGGCGGCUACGGAUUCCCAGCUAACACGCUAUCACAGAAUCGAACAGCUGCGACAACAUUUCUGGAAGCGCUGGUCUAAGAAAUACGUGGUAGAAUUGCAGACGAGAACGAAGUGGAAGACCAAUCAAAGCGAUAUUGCUCUGGAUACGCUUGUCUUGAUAAAGGAUGACAAUCUACCUCCACUCAAAUGGAAGCUCGGCCGUGUGAUUAAGGUGUUCCCAGGCAACGAUGGCGUGUCUCGGGUUGCUGAUGUUCGGACUGCUACUGGCAUCUUAAGACGUUCGUUUGCGAAGAUUUGUCCGCUUCCACUUCAACCGGAGGAUACAGAGGGCGAGUAAAGCGAAGACCACACUUUGGAAGAAGCUGGUUCUUCCAAGGCCGGCGGUAUAUUCAGAAACAAUACAUAUUGUGGUUCUGGAUAAAACACCUUUGGCUAAUGAUGGUUGCCAUCGACGAAAGCGCCAUCUACAAAUUCAAUAAACGUCAUACGUCAAACCACAUUGACAGCAAA